AUGGAAGAAACUAAAAUAAUAUAUCAUAUUGAUGAGGAAGAAACUCCGUAUUUAGUUAAAUUAUCAAUAGCACCGGAUAAAGUUACAUUAAGUGAUUUUAAAAAUGUUUUGAAUAGACCUAAUUAUAAGUUUUUCUUUAAAUCCAUGGACGAUGACUUUGGGGUGGUAAAAGAAGAAAUUGUCGAUGAAAAUGCUCAUCUUCCUUGUUUUAAUGGAAGAGUUGUUAGUUGGUUGGUUUCUGCUGAGGGUAGUAAUAUCUCAGAUGGAGGAACAUCACAGUGUACAGAUACAGGAGAUUUAAACAAACAAAAUAGUAGGGAUAAUGGACUGAUAACUGAGACUGAAAGUAUUAUAAGCUCAAGGCAUGAUGGUCCCCAACAUAAACAUAAUGACAAAUACAAUAAAUAUAAUUGUAAGAUUAAUGGUCAUUCGAAGCACAGGAGUGAUAGAGGGCAUGGUUAUGAAACGGCAUCUGUUAUUAGUUCUGAAUUAGAAACGACUUCGUUUUUAGAAAGCGAUGAUGAUUGUUCUAGUAGAAUAACAACGACUACUGGUAGAGCAACAAAUUUAACAGGGACAAUAGAUACGACGGGAUCACGGUUGCACUUGAGCCAACGAAGAAGAACGCAGAGACGAAAGAGGCAAACCAAACAUCAUAUUCCAUCAAUGUCGCGAACCUCUAGUUUUUCUUCCAUAACGGAUUCAACAAUGUCCCUUAAUAUAAUGACAGUUACGCUCAAUAUGGACACAGUCAAUUUCUUAGGAAUAUCCAUUGUCGGCCAAAGUAAUAAGGGUGGUGACGGAGGAAUUUACGUCGGUAGCAUAAUGAAAGGGGGUGCGGUAGCAUUAGACGGUAGGAUAGAACCAGGAGACAUGAUACUACAAGUGAAUGAUAUUAAUUUUGAAAAUAUGACCAACGAUGAAGCAGUGAGAGUUUUAAGAGAAGUCGUUCAGAAGCCAGGACCGAUCAAAUUAGUCGUAGCAAAAUGUUGGGAUCCAAAUCCAAAAGGUUACUUUACGAUACCUAGAACGGAACCUGUACGACCGAUUGAUCCGGGGGCUUGGGUAGCGCACACAGCAGCUACAUUAUCUAGCGGUCGACCAAAUUAUCCGAGGCCUCCAAGUGUUUCAACUGUCACAUCGAAUAGUUCGAGCCUUGCCAGUUCUUUACCCGAAACCGAACGAGGUCCCGACGAUGUACAUUUGACAAUAAAUUCGGAUAUGAGUGUCAUAGUUAAAACAAUGGCUCGAGUCGAUUCUGGUCUAGAAGUUAGAGAUCGUAUGUGGCUUAAAAUAACAAUUCCGAAUGCAUUUAUUGGAGCUGACGUAGUAGAUGGUUAUUACACACGUCGAGAUCACGACGACGAGAAGCUCUCAUGGCGAAUAGAUGAAUCAAUUUUUAUCUGCUCAAUUUCAGCCAUGUCCAACAUGCAAAUCAGAGACGAUUGCGCUAGUCUAGGGCGAGACACCGUAGGUCCACUACCUCCCCCGGCUAGAUAUUUAUUACCGAGUUCCGACAUGCCUGGUCACAUGCCCUACGCCGGCACGUACAUGGGCGCCGGAUACACCCCUAUGCCUUUUAAUUACACCAACGAUCCAAGCAUUUACAGAGAAGAAAGUCUUUCAGGUAGUUCAGGAUCCGAUAGGUUAUCAAAAGAUAUUCCUCAAUCGGGAGUGGUGGGAAUAGAUUUAAUGAAAUCCGGAGGUUCAACGGCGAGCGAAAGUGAUUUGUGUCCUCCACCGGCUGCUCCCAUGAUGAUUCCUCCGGCCGCGACGUCGAGAGCUUCUAAAUCUUCGGGUUCGGAACAGGGGAGUCGUUUGACGAAUCACAAAGAGUAUACAACAACAAAACACGCGGAUGACGUUAGCGCAAGUAGGCAAUCAUUUAAUGCAGCCAUGGAAAAUCCUUGCGAAUUUUUUGUCGAUGUCAUGUAG